AUGCCUGCCGCCGCGCCGCCGCCUCCCUUGCACCCCGCGGCGGGGCAGAGGGGCGCCUGCGGCUGCCCGUACCCCCACCACCCCGAGCCCCGCGGAUUUUUUGAUCAUACUCUAAACUGUAUAAGCUCAGGCAUAACAGAGAGAAGGCUACAAGGUACUUGCCCACCAAUUGGCCGUGGAAAUUUUGGGAAGCCAUUCUUUGGUACAAACUGUUACAAUUCUCCAUUUAUAAACUCACGGGCUGGUUUCCAUACGAUCCACUCAGAGAACAGCCCAGUAAAGCCAAGAAUUGUCACGAUAGUAAAACCGUGUGGGCACACGGUCAGGAAGAUAACAUUGCUUCUAAAUCGGCGUUCUGUUCAGUCAUUUGAACAGCUGAUUGCGGACAUCUCAGAAGCUCUAGGAUUUCCACGCUGGAAGAAUGACCGUGUGCGGAAAUUAUACAAUUUAAAGGGAAGGGAAAUUAGAAGCAUUUCUGAUUUCUUUAGAGAAGGUGACGCAUUCAUAGCUAUGGGGAAGGAGCAGCUAACCUUGAAGAACCUUGAAGUGGCAAUCCAAGAACUUUAUCCAGAUAACCCUUAUGCUCCUGCUGCUGAGACUACUCUUCCCGGAUCCACACAAAACUGGGAACAACUCCAAAAGCCUAAGAAUAGGUUGUAUGAAAAGACUUCCAGGGUAGAAAAUGGACUUGAGCCUGUAAUGGCCAAGAACUGCCUGGAACCCCUGUCUCCUAAACUGGUUAACAGGCAUGAAGUAAAAGCUCAAACCAAGGCUAGGCAAGAGGAGAAGGUGAGAAGCAAAAAGAAAUGGUCCAGAGACAGUUGGAAUGGAGAGCAAGAUGUGAAACCUUCUAGAAAAGCUAGAGAAACAGAGAGAUAUUUUGACCAAGAGAGACAUCUUGAAAGCACGGCAGAAGAGAGUUCAGACAUGAUAGUUAGAUGUGAGAAAUGCCAAAGGGAGAGGCAACUCAGGCAAAGACUGAAGAAAGAGAGACCAGUUGAUCUUCCUUUUGGUAGCAGGGGUAUGAAUAUGAAAGUGUGUCAAAGAUACCACAUGGAAAAGAUUGUGAAAUUGCAAAACUGCAGGAGAUUGUCCGAAAACUCGGCAGAAGAAGGUGAAACUACGUGGAACGAUGCUGGUGGUCAGAGUAUGUGGACAGCCUCGCAAAACAAUGCCCCUGAAGAGCUGGAGAAGCCAAAGAGGAGCGUGGAGAGGCAGCAAACCCAUCAAACCCAGGAGAAUCAUGACAGAGAAUUAGGAAAGGUAAAGAUGAAGCCCAUAGAAAAUCAACGUACCAUUGUAGGAGAUGCUUAUGAACUAAGAAAGGAGCACAGGAGAUGUUCUAGAGUGAAUCAAAGCUGUUGGUUGCUGAAGGGUUCUGAAACGGGUGCGGAUAAAUUGCCAAAAAUUCAGGGGAAGAGAGAAGAGGCACGGAAAUCAAAAGAGGAAAUAGGAGGAGGAGAAGAGAAGGUGGGCCAUGGAGAAGGUGAACGAACAAGGCAUGAAAGGGAGGGAGAAACUAAAGGCAGCAAAGAAGAGAACAGUUCAAACAGGACCAGUGAUAAAAGGCUGAAACAUGAAGUCCAGAGCAGAGUAGAUGUGGAGAGCUGCUAUGAGAUCGGCAGAACCAUCGGAGAUGGCAACUUUGCCGUUGUGAUGGAGUGUCGUCACCGCAGCAACAGUCAGAACUAUGCCAUGAAGAUCAUUGAUAAGUCUAAGCUGAAAGGAAAGGAAGACAUGCUGGAAAAUGAAAUUGUGAUCAUCAGAAGUCUUUCACACCCCAACAUUGUCAGCCUCAUAGAAGUAUUUGAAACCGCGGCAGAGAUUUAUCUGAUCAUGGAGUACAUUCCUGGUGGGGACCUGUUUGAUGCCAUCAUUGAGAGCGUGAAAUUCACCGAACGUGACGCUGCUCUCAUGAUGACUGAUCUUUGUGAAGCUCUGGUUUAUAUUCAUGGGAAGAACAUCGUCCAUAGAGAUCUCAAGCCAGAAAAUCUUCUAGUUCAGCGUAAUCCAGAUAAAACAACAACGUUGAAACUAGCAGAUUUUGGCCUUGCAAAGCAGGUGACCAAGCCUAUCUUUACUGUGUGUGGAACUCCAACUUACGUUGCCCCUGAAAUACUUGCUGAAAAUGGCUAUGGUCUAGAAGUGGACAUGUGGGCUACUGGUGUAAUACUCUAUAUUUUGCUUUGCGGUUUCCCUCCCUUCCGGAGUCAUGAACGAGAUCAAGAGGAGCUAUUCCAAAUCAUACAGAUCGGGACUUACGAAUUUCUCUCACCAUAUUGGGACAACAUUUCAGCAGCUGCAAAAGACCUGAUAAGCAGACUGCUUGUGGUGGAUCCUCUGAAGCGUUACACUGCGCAGCAAGUUCUUCAGCACCUGUGGAUCCAGACCGCUGGAAAAAACAGCAGCAGAAAUCUGCAGAGAGAGGUGACUCUCAAUCUGGAACGCCACUUCCGGAGCCAGCGCAAGAAAGAAGGGACUGGUGAAGAUACAUAAAGAGUGUGCCCAGACAUACAUCAUUUGAGCAAUGAGCCUGCUGUUCAAGUGCGCAGUCUCUGUUUUUUUGUGUGUUCAGAUAAGGACUGAGCUCAGCUGUUUUGCAGCUGAUGCCAACUAUGCAAAGCACUGAUUGGCUCCCUGUCUCCCUGUG